AUGUCGCCACCACUCCCCAAAACCCAAAAGGCCAUCGUGGCUCUAGGACCCGGUGAGCUGGGCAUCAAGAAUGAUGUACCAGUCCCCCGUCUUGCCCCCGACAUGGCGAUCGUCAAGACGGCGGCGGUGGCCAUUAACCCAGCCGACGCCAAGAUGCUUGAUUACAGCGCCGCCCCUGGCGCCAUCAUCGGCUACGACUACGCCGGCACUGUGGUCGCCCUCGGUGAGGAGGCUCUGAAAUCUGGUAGGCUGGCCGUGGGCGAUCGCGUCGCGGGGCUGGUGCACGGCAUGAACAAGCUCAUCCCGGAUGUAGGCGCCUUCUCAGAAUACGUCGGCGCUUGCGCGGACCUGCUGCUCAAGAUUCCCGACCACAUGAGCUUUGAAGAAGGUGCAAGUUUUGGCACCGGAGUUGCGACUGCGUCUCUCAGUCUAUUCCACGAGCUUGGUGUGCCUGCGACUCUGGAUCAGCUACGUGACGGUCGUCCCGCCAGCGAGGAGGAUAGGGAGAGCCGCGAGUUCGUUCUCGUCUCCGGUGGAGCGACGGCCACUGGCACUCGUGCAAUCCAAUUACUCAAGCUUGCCGGCCUACGCCCCAUCGCCACCUGCUCACCCGCCAACUUCGACCUCGUCUACCGCUUCGGCGCCGAAAAGGUCUUCGACUACCACAACCCGACAUGCGCUGCCGACAUCAAGGAAUACACAAACGGCGAGCUAGCCUUCACUUUCGAUUGCGUAUCCCAAGCCGACACGACAAAGCUCUGCUACGCCGCCAUGGGCCGCGCCGGCGGCCGCUACGUUUCCCUCGAGCCCUUCCGUGACACCAUCGCUCAGACACGCUCCCUGACUAUUGAACCCUCCUGGGUCAUGGUCCUGACCAUCUUUGGUAGAAAGGUGGCGUUGGAGGGCGAGUAUGGCCGUGAGGAGCGCCCCGAGGAUCGCGUCUUCGGAGCUCGGGCCUUCGCCGCAGUUCAGGACUUGCUGGACCGUGGUCUCAUUGACACGCACCCCGUCAAGAUCUCUCCUGGUGGCUGGGACGGUGUCGUGGGCGGUGUUAAUGUGAUUCGGAGUCAGGCUAUGUCCGGCCAGAAGUUGGUCUUCCCGGUUGCUUAG